UUCACUUGACACGUGCCUUCUAAAACCCCAAAAAAUCCUCCAUCUGUUACUAUGAUGCAACGUUUCAGGAAACCCAUUAAUUCAUUUGAAUAAAUAUCGACGUCAUCAUGAAAAGCGGUUAAAUUCCGGUAAACUAGGAAUAAAUGAGAGAUGGCGUCUCCGCUUUUCUGUUUCCUCUAAUCAGACGAGUGUCCUGGCUCACUUUCACGUCCCAAUCUCAUUGAUCGUACUUCCCCGUCUCUUUCAAACCAAAAUGGCGUCCAAGCUCGGCGCUAGCUCAGGCUCAACCCUACGCUUUGUGAAUUUUCAGAAAACCGGUAAACCGCUGUUCUUACCACUGGAACAAUUGCUAUUCGUCGAUAAAUCCAGAACUAGGAACGUAGAAAGCUCGAGAAUUAGGGCUUCUAAUGAUGAGAACUCGUCCCUGGACACGUGGAAGAACGCCAGCGAUCUCGACAAGAAUAUCGUUGAGUUCCAAAAUCGCACCGAAGGAGUGGCCGGCAUUGACAGUGGCGAUAAUGCUGAUAAUAAUGGUGGCCACAGAGUGAAUUUGAAGGAGAAAAGUGAGGACUUCAGGAAGAGUUUGGAUGUUUCCAAGGAGGAGAGCGACAUGAUUCAACGAAUGCAGGUCAUUGAUCGGGCUGCGGCAGCGAUUGCGGCUGCUCGUGCCAUUCUCAGCGAAAGAUUGCCUGGGAAUAGUAAGGCAAAUGACGGAGACAAUAGCAAUUUCACCGGAGAAGGUGGAGGCCUAGGCGGAGGAGUGGAAAAGAAACAAGGAGCAACAAAUAAUGGAAGCACUUUUGUGUCUCGAAUUGAUCAUUCUGGAAAUGGAGUUCCUGGGCCAGAUUUUUGGUCGUGGAGACCUCCUACUGAUACUGAGAAGAGUCAAUACGAUGCUGACUUGCUGGAAGCUAAAAGAUCUUUGAUAUCUCCUAUUUUAGCAAGCCCUGUGGCAAUGAAAGAGCGAUGUUUGGAUUUUCUCAAUAUUCCAUUGGAGAGUAAGCUUUCAGAGACUAGUUCCAUUCCUCCUAUUCCUCCUCUGCAGUCGCUGAUGGAGGUUAAAAAGGAUGAGGUCUCUGUAUCUGAUCUGGAUACGCCUUCUACUAAAGAGGAAGAUAGCAAACUUAAUCUUCUAUGUCAUGCACAUGAACUAGAGAUUGCUCAUGUUCUUGAUGAAGUGGAUGAAGAAUCUAGUGGAGUAGAUCCAAACGGAUCAAGGUGGUGGAAGGAGACAGGAAUUGAGCGGAGACCUGAUGGUGUGAUUUGCAGGUGGACAAUGACCAGGGGUGCUCGUCCUAACCAAGAUGUUGAGUGGCAAGAGAAGUUUUGGGAAGCUUCUGAUGAGUUUGGUUAUAAGGAACUUGGUUCAGAAAAAUCAGGACGAGAUGCUACAGGAAAUGUAUGGCGUGAGUACUGGAGAGAAUCAAUGUGGCAGGAAUCUGGGCUUUUGCAUCUUGAGAAAACAGCAGAUAAGUGGGGGAAGAAUGGAAGAGGUGAUGAGUGGAAAGAGGAAUGGUGGGAACAUUAUGAUGCCUCUAAUCAAGCUGAGAAAUGGGCACAUAAGUGGUGCAGCGUUGAUCCAACUACACAGCUUGAGGCUGGCCAUGCUCAUAUAUGGCAUGAAAGGUGGGGUGAGAAGUAUGAUGGACAUGGUGGCACACUAAAAUACACAGACAAAUGGGCUGAACGAUGUGAGGAUGACAUGUGGACAAAGUGGGGAGACAAAUGGGAUGAACGUUUCGAUCCAAAUGGUCAUGGUGUCAAGCAAGGGGAAACGUGGUGGGAAGGUAAGCACGGAAAACGGUGGAAUCGCACUUGGGGUGAGCACCAUGAUGGUUCUGGAUGGAUUCACAAGUAUGGGAAGAGCAGCAGCGGAGAGCACUGGGACACACAUGUGGAGCAAGAGACAUGGUAUGAGAGAUUCCCACACUUCGGUUUCCAUCACUGCCUUGAUAACUCAAUCCAACUACGGGAAGUUCCGAAGCCAUCUGACCGUCGUCAAGUGCUGAAGCCGUCCGACUAACAUGAAGCAUAAGUUUUUGUUUUCUAUAUG